AUGGAAAAACAGCUACCAGAUACCAAUCUCUACGAGUCACUGGUCGAGACAAAAUCCUUGGAACAGCUGCGAAACAACGCAGACUCGCUCCUCUCGACCAUUAAACUAUUUGACAUUUAUCCUACGACCGAUCCCGUCUGCUACGAACAUCUGGACUCGCUGGUCCCCGUUUUCAGCAAACGCUCACCAGGAUCCAUCCUGCUGGUAGGAUCCGAGAUGGAUUUUGGCUAUUCGCUGAUCUACCUCGGAAACUUGCUCCGUAAAACAAAUAUCCCCUUUGUGCUCCACGGACUUUUCGAUUACUAUUCCCUCACCGAGGAUAACCGGAAAUUGGUGGAAUAUUUGGUCGAUCUAUCCGGGAUAUCCCAAAUCAAGGUCCAUUUCCCAAAAGACCUCGAGGACUAUCUUGUUUGCCAUUCGAUGGAGACAGACUGGAUUCUAGUGAAUCAUAUUUCUCCGCAGAUGGAUAUCGCAAUACUGAGAACGUUGGAGUCCGUGAGCCUUGUGCAACCAGGAACCGUGGUUGCGAGAGUGAAUUGUCCCGCUGAGUGCCGCGACAAGUUCUACGAGUAUCUGCUUGGAGCACCCGUCUACAAGCGAACCAUGAACGAGCACAUAGGGGGCCGGAAACAAGGCAGAUGGAAUCUGAUUUACGAAAAAAUCGCUAACACUUAUGACAAAUAUGACCCUAUCCUCACAGAAUGUGUGGACUUUUUAAAUGCAUAA